AUGUCGCAUUACUACCCGCCUCCUCCGGGAGUCGACAGACGCUCAAACGCGUCGCGCAGCUAUCCGCCGCCACCGCCUGGCAAUGAUGGUUAUGGCGGCGGUGACAGCUAUCGACCUCCCCCUCCUCCCUCCUACAAUGCCCUUCCCCCGCCCCCGUCGGGCUACGAUUCGUACCCUCCUCCUAAUCAUCGCAGCGAUCACGGUAGUCGUUAUUCCCGCAACGAUCGCAGUGAUCGUGAUGAUCGCAAUGAUCGCUAUCAACCCUCGCGCCGCUCUGACAACCACCCACUCCCUCCGAGACCGCAAGACCCUUAUCCAACCUUUCGUGGCUCCGAUUCUUUCCGUCCACCCCAGGGUGACUUCAACUUCCGCUCGGAGAAGCCCAGAGGCGUCGCCGACACGUACACCAGCUACCGCCCCGACGAGCCCAGGUCUCGAGCAGACCCACCUCGUGGUCCCGCCAGGGGUCCUCACAACGACCGGCAAUCAUAUCGUCCAAACGGUAACCGAGGUCGUGGUGCUGGAGGCUACGCCGGAAGACGUCCUUGGAGGCCUUUCGUAGCAGCUGAACGCGCUAUCCUGCAGUCGACCGACAACAACAAGCCCAGGGAAGACUUUGCAGACACCCAGAAUGGUGUGACCUACAGGACCUUCGACCAACUAUCGGAUAGUGACGAGGCUGAUAUGGACAUUUCGGACGACGAAAACGAGUCUGCCCAACCAAGCGCUAAACGCGCCCGCACAGCAGCCAACUCGACGGCCGACGAAGCCCCUAAGUGGUCUAAUCCCGACCCUUACACUGCUCUGCCACCUGAGCAAGACCCAGACAAGAAGAAGAAGGACGUGGUCCAAUUGAUCCGCAAGGCCCGCGUCGAACCUGCCAAGAGCACGAGAACCUCGCUCCCCGCCGACGACGAAGACUUUAUCCGAUGCGAGUCUGGUAGUGAGGACGAGCAAGAUGAGGAGGAAUUCAUCGACCCCCUCACAUACAAUCGUGAGCGUUCAAGCGCUCGAGGAAUACCUGGCACAACUGCGCCGCGGCCGGCUGCCUCGUUGCCGGCUGUGUCAAUCGCCACCUCAGGACCAAGCAAGGCGGCAUCAGCGGCUCCGACUGCUAACAAGGCAAUAAAACGUGUCGAUUUCGAAAUGGAUUUGCCCAAAUCCACGGAUCUAGGUUCACGCAAGCGCACACAUGACGAUGUGUUGAAGCUGCCAGCUCAUGCACAGCUGAAAGCUGCCCCCAAGAGGCCCAGUGGAGGCUCGAUUGUUUCGGAGUGGCGGCUCAAGAAGGGCGAGAACAACUCGCCAUGGGUGACUGUUCCGGAUUCAACGGCUCAGGUCAACGUCAGGCUUCACAUGGAAAUCAGCGAUUUCUAUGACUUAGUGAGACCACGCGAAUUUGAAGACCGCCUCCGUGGAAAUCUCGUAGAUGAUCUCAAUCGCAUCCUCGAAAAGAACAGCGCUUGGCGGGGCCGUAAGCUGCAUGCUUUCGGUUCCUUCAUGUCUGGUCUUUACCUGCCUACUGGCGACAUGGAUCUUGUCUUGUGCUCCGACGCCGUGCUCUCCGGUGGUAAUACCAUGCCUGUAGGGCUUAAUCAGCUCAAGAAAUUCAGGGAUUACCUCCGUUCCAGCCGCGUUGCAGUUCACAACAACUUUGAGAUGAUCUCAAAGGCAAGAGUACCAUUGGUCAAGUAUGUCGAUAGCAACACUGGCUUGAAGGUCGACAUCUCCUUCGAGAACCCUAGUGGCGUUAUUGCUAUUCAGACGUUCAGGGCUUGGAGGGAGCAGUACCCCGUCAUGCCGAUUCUAGUGACCGUCAUCAAGCAGUUCUUGUUGAUGCGUGGCCUGAAUGAACCCGUGAACGGCGGCAUUGGCGGCUUUUCUGUCAUUUGCAUGGUCGUCAGCAUGCUCCAAAUGAUGCCUCAGGUUCAGAGUGGUGACAUGGUACCAGAGCGCAAUCUGGGCUCUUUGCUCAUGCAUUUCUUCGAUCUGUACGGCAACAGGUUCAACUACAAGAUCACCGCUCUGAGGCUCAACCCACCAGGCUAUAACCAAGUCACUACGUUCACUUACAGAAACCCUGGUCGGUUGUCCAUCAUUGAUCCCAACAACCCCGCAAACGACAUUUCAGGCGGUUCUCAAAAUUAUCCUCAGAUCAUGGCCUGCUUCGCCGAGGCACACAAGCUGUUGCAGGAGCGAAUAGAGCGGAUCGCACGAGGCGAGAAGUCCGACAGUAUUCUUGAGAUCAUUCUAGGAGGUAAUUACUCCAUGUUUCGCGAGCAGCGGAACUACUUGCGCAAAGUCCACCGCAAGGUUUUCGGCUAUUGCGACGAGUGA